AUGUUGUUCGUGCUUGUGAUAGAGUACUUACAUAGAUGCUUGCACAAGCUAAAAUACAAGCCUAACUUCAAUUACCAUCCAAGAUGUGAGAAACUCAGGAUUACAAAUAUAAGUUUUGCUGAUGACUUAGUUAUAUUUUGCAGAGGUGAUAGAGAAUCUAUGAAGCUUCUUACGAAGGAAUUUCAUGAAUUCUCUUAUGCUACAGGUCUGAAGGCCCAUCAUGUUCAGUGCAAAGUAAUUUUCGGGGGAGUAAGCUACCACGAGAGACAACAUAUCUUGGCCGACACGGGGUUUGCUAAAAGUGAGAUGCCUUUUAGAUACUUGGGAAUACCAUUAUCGAGUAGGAGACUCACCAUACAACAAUGUAGGCCUCUAAUUAUGCGAAUUGUCACAAAAAUAAAACUAUGGGCUGCUAGAUUAUUGAGUUAUGUAGGGCGCUACCAGCUAAUCAGAAGUGUGUUGUUUACAGUCACAAGUUAUUGGAUGCAAAUAAUUCACCUUCAACAAAAAUUUAUCAAAGAUAUUGAAGCAACUUGCAGAAGUUUUUUGUGGAGUGGUAAAGAGAUUAUUCGCAUGAAGGCUCCCAUUGCAUGGGAGAAAAUGUGUGGUCCAAAAGUGGAAGGUGGUUUAAACAUCACUUCUCUGAAAAAAUGGAACAUGGAUACAUUGGGAAAAUUGUUUUGGAAUAUCCAUAAGAAGGAAGAUAAAAUGUGGAUUCAAUGGUUGGAAAUAUAUAUUUCAAAAGUCAUGAUGUGUUACAUUGGCAAGUUCCAACAUAUUGCUCUUGGAUUCUGA